CAGCAGCCGCCGUCGUUAAUGUUUGUCGACACAGGUCUCUGAAAGAGGCGCAAAAGUAUUUAUCUUAUUUCACUAGAAUUUUCAUUGAUUUAAAAAACUUGAAUGAAAAGCAUUUAGAAAUGCCACCAAAACGUAAAGGAAGUGCAGCAAAGGCAUCAGUUGCCAAAAAGACCAAAACAACUGAAGAAUCUACAAAAUUAAAGGAAGACCAACCAGUUCUCUAUAUCGAAUGCUGUCGCUCCUGAUCGGUAUUCAAAAGGCGGGCAGAAGCACUGCACCGCGAGAUCACCACUUUAUUGUUACCUCUUAAAUUAGAUUUAGAAUUACAAUUAGCCAUUAACGCCGAUGGACCACCGCGUCGAGGAUCUUUUGAAGUGUCAAUUGCAAAUGUCCCAUCCGAAAAUGUUGAGGAACGUUCUUUAAUAUGGACGGGGUUGAAAAAUACCCCAAGAGCUGCUAAAUUUCCUUCGGCCGAAAAUAUUGUUAAAGAACUUAAAGUCUUUUUGAAACUGGCGGGUGAGGAUCAAUUGAAAAAGGAGGAAGAUAAGCCUCCGGCAACUUUAGUUAGUAAAGCUGUUGGUGAGUCUAAGGAAAAGGAGAAUUCAGUUGAGACUUCACCUAUUAAAAAAGCCAAACGCGGUAGACCUAAGAAAAAGUAAAUUUGUCUAUUUAGGUUUUUUCUUUUCAUUUGUCUUUUCAUUUUAUAACUCUUAUGACUUUAGUAGUGGUAAAACCUGUUUUAAGGAGCCCUACUAAACGAUGCAUUUUUUGGUUGGAUGUUAAGAUAGGUGGACUUUAAAAACAUAAAUUAGACAUAGAAAACUUAUGGCUAAUAUUUGUUAAAUAAAACAUUUGUUUAUAAAAAAUUAAGAUUGUAAUUAUUUGAUUUUUUGCAGUAAAUGCCAGAUGUGUACAUGUAACACUCUCUUAAA